UUCAGAUUUACAGAAGAUGAAGAAGCAGAAGAGGAUGAUUCUAAUCUAAGACGAGCAAAAUCUAUGGAUAUCAGUUUUCCGAUAAAAAGAAGAUCAAAAAGUGCAGACAGACAGUCAGCACGGCAAUCUCUGAACCAAUCAGAUAGUGGCGUUUCAACUGUCCGGGAUUCUUGCGAACCAGACGAGAAUUGGGAUAUGUCCCCUCACAGCCCUGGAAAUCGUCACGAGAGUGAUGAGGGUGAUGAUGAGGAGGACGAUGGCAGGGACACCCAAAAGAGUAGCAGAAGAGAUUCCAGAACUCCUAGCAGGAUGAGUCGGACAUCAUCUGUACAGUCACCUAGCUUGGACAAAGUUUCCAAACUGGAAAGUAAAAAUAGUAGUGGGGUGUCAUUUCGAAUGAAAUCGUGUGCCAGCCAAGAUUCGCUUCUCGAUCCAGAAACGUUCCCCAGAAGAAAGAUUUCUGACAUCAAGAAACAACUAGGAAUUGAAGACAAACCUGCCAAUUGGACCCAUAGCUGGUCGCCAAAUCCCCGGAAAUGUUCUACUCCAAAAGAAAAACUUUCGCCUGAUGGAACUCCAGAGAAAGGCAUCAUGCCACCAACUCCUUUACCGAGGACAAAAAUGAUCACAUCAACGAUUGACAACAAAGAUAAAGAGGAAACAGACAGAACUGAAGCAAGCAAUUCAGAAUUAAAUAAUAAUUCUGUAGAAGAAAGCGAUUACGAAUACGAGCCGACUGGUCCAGCCGAACAGACAUUUAAAGUAAUAUUUGUAGGCGAUGCAGGAGUAGGAAAGUCUUCUUUUGCUCUUAGAAUUAGUAAAGGUGUAUUUGUGAGACACAUGAGUUCCACUUUAGGAAUUGAUUUUUUGAUGAGAACAAUUCGUGUGGAUGGUCGAAAUGUAGCAGUGCAGUUAUGGGACACUGCGGGGCAAGAAAGGUUUCGCAGCAUAACUAAAUCAUAUUUUAGAAAGGCUGAUGGUGUAAUGUUGUUGUAUGAUUGUACUUGCGAACAUAGCUUCUUAAACGUCAGGCAGUGGGUAGAAGAUAUAGAUGUGUCCUGUUUCUACAGCAUGAUGGCUGAAAAAACACCUUCGGGCAGGAAAGCUUCUUCCCAGAGAAUUCCAUUAAUGAUUGUUGCUAAUAAGAUUGAUCUCCGGGACAUGGCAGUGAGAACAGGUGUUACUUGUAUAAGCACGGAAGAAGGAGAAAAAUUGGCAAAAGAUUGUGAUACUACUUUUAUGGAAGCCAGCGCCAAAGACGGAUCGAAUGUUUUGCACGCUUUAGCAAAUCUUGUUCGAUCCAUGAGGACACAACAGGAACUUCAAUUGUCUGCGUCCACGAUGCAACUGUGCGAUAAAAAGGCCAAGAAAUCUGGAUCUUGCUGUGGGAAAUGAUAAGCAAUGCAUUACCGUUGACUUCUUUAUCCUUUGGCUUUGUCUGGAACGAAACAUCAGCAAAUUCUGUUAUGAGACCUAAUUUAUAUUCCUGAAUAGCAAGGAUUAAAUUAUAAGGAAUUUUGUGAGAUAUAUCAGGGGAUUAAAACCAUCUCUUUGCUUGAUGUAGCUUUUUACGACCCAGAAUAAGCUAUCAGUAUUAAAUUGUAUAUGUUACUGGUCAGCUUACUGACUUCGCAACUUCUAAUUAUUCUUUAAACUGGUUAUGGAAAUUAAGGGUUAUAACAAAGUAAUUUGAGUGGCAAAUAAAAACCAAUUAUGUUAUUAUUCUCGAAAAAAACACACUGAGAAAACGGAAAAUGCUAAAAAUUAGCGUUUAAGAAUAAGUGCUUUCAGGAUAGAAAAAGAAGGCUAAAAUUAGAGUUUUAUUUCUUAACACAGAUUUUACGUAAAAUGCAUCUAUAAUCUAGUAAAUAUGCUAAAUUAUUUCGCUGCAUUUCAUCUUUUUAAGGACCCAGAUAUUUAUCUACGAAAACCUCAAUAAUAUGCAAUGGAUAUCUUUAGCUUAAAGAUCAGAGACAUCAGAGUUUAGAUAUAUAAGAUUAGAGUUACAAGAUAAGAGUUAUAAGACCAGAGUCAGUAGAAAUCGAAGCACCUGAUUAGUUAAAAUAAAGACGUAUAUUGUGGAUGAAAACCAUAUUUCGUAAUUUGACUCACUGAUCAUCUCAAAACAUUAUUGCACAUUCAUUUUAUAAAACUGCGAUAUUUAUCAGAAAUGGAAGCAUUUAAAAUUAAUCUAAGGUAGACUAUAUUUCUGCAACGACAUGGAUAAGACUGAAACUUUAACCGGUUAAUCGAGAUAAGCUUUCAGGAUUAUUUUUUAACGAGAGACACACUUCUCUAGUAGUAAAAUUCAGCACUUAUUCAAGCUGUAGUUGGAGAUGGUUAUGCAGUUAUAUACUUUAUGUUAUUACAAAUUAGUUUUUUCAAGCUUUAAAAAAGUCUAGAACUGACUUUUGUUAAUGCUAUCAGUCUUUUUACUCGUGAUUUAGUUUCUCGGCAUAUUUUGCCAUUUUCAUCAGAUAUAUGUCUUCAUGGAAGGUCAAUGUUUUUCGUUUAAUUGCACUCGUUAAUCAUAUCACUAUCACACUAUCAUUAUAAAUUACCUAUGUUGUAUCACAUGUAUAAAAUGUCAUGGAUUCAAAUGUAAUUUGAAGGUAUUCUACAUGCUUUUUACAAUGAUGGGCCUUAAAAAUAAAGUUUUAAAAAAGCGUCAGAAGUUUCUUUUACUUUUUACAUCAAAUGUUUUAAAAUAAUGUAACGCAAUUUUAUUUCUUUAUAAACCUGAGUAAAAAUAAAGACGCUUUAUACUUUCUUAA